UAUUUCAAGGUUUUAAAUAAGUAUUAAUAUGAAGUUCCAACUCUUCAAUAAAGUUUGGAUAAUACUCAUCGUGGUUGCUCAGUUUCCUUGUGAGAGCCUAGCUAGCACUAUACUUGUCGAGGACUCUGAGUAUAUACUGCGUAUUGAAGACGUAGAGAACAAUCUAGACACAAGUCCAGCUUCUUUCAUUCCAACAACAAUACCAGACCUUUUAAGGGACUUUGCAUGUGUGCUAAUCGAAGGGAGACAAGCCUGCUCAGAAAAUUGCCAACAAGGCAAAUUCGUGGACAGGGAAGGUUGUUGUACUUGCGUUUGUAGAAAAAACUUUGUGAAAGUAAACGAAAGAUUUUGUGAAACAGUUUCGUGGUCAGGUUGGAGUUCCUGGAGUAAAUGCAUAACUAGCCAAUGGGGAGGCCUCCAAACAAGGGAACGUAUUUGCAGAUCAAGUUCACAAGAAGCGCCAGGUUCAUGCGUAGGCAUUGGAAGUAAUUCUAGGACAUGUUCGCCGGUAACUGGAGAUUUCCGUAUUCGGAAAAAUGUUCGGGAUUUGACAGAUGAGGAAAUUCAUGAUUUAAUUCAGGGUAUGACAAGCUUCAAAGAGGAUAGUUCAAGAAGAGGAUUUAGAAGCAUCGUUUCGUGGCAUGGUUGGCCAGGUGAAUGUCCAUGGUAUCGUCGUGUACACCAACACAGUGACGGUCAUUGUAGUUGGCAUCAUCACCCGCUGUUCUUACCUUGGCACCGAUUGAUAACUGUUCAGCUUGAGUUAGGUCUCUCUCGUCAUUUGAAAAACAAAACUUUGGGGAUUCCAUUCUGGGACUGGACUGAGCAUGCUGAAAAUAUUCCCUUUCUUCUCCAGAAUGAGACUAUUUACGAUCCAAUAUUGAAAAAGAAAGUUCACAAUCCCUUCUACAGAACAUAUAUUAGGAAUUUUCGCGGAAUAAGACUAUACAGUCAAAGAAAUCCAUGGUACCCCGGAUUAUUGAUGAACAAAUAUAUCAUUAAAGGAAUGGUUCGUGCACUGCUCUGUCAUAAUUAUGAACAUUUCGAUCGUCAAGAAGCAACAAUACCUCAUGACCAAAUUCAUGACUGUUUUUGCAUCGAAGGUGGCACUAUAGAAGGCGAGCAACGGUGCAGGUUUGGAAUGCCCACCGUUGACUACGCUGCAUGGGAUCCGGCAUUCAUGUUACAUCAUAGUGCGAUCGACAGAAUGUUUGUAAUGAGACGUAAGAUUGAAGAGGAAGAAGGAAUGUCUGAUUGGACAAAAAGCAGAGUAAUUGGACAAUAUUUAGAGCGUGAAACAAGACACAAUAAUUUUGAAAAUUCCUUCGACUUUCCAUUGUCGCCAUUUUGCAACGAGAGCUUGAACCCUGAAUCAGUGACCCUGAACGAAGGAGCCUGGACUCUACGUAACAGUUAUUACGGAGAACAAUUAUUUGGAUACAAAUACACUGAUUACAAUAUGGGUUCGAACUACACUUGGAAAGAUUUGAAAGAAGACUAUCGGAAAAAUACGAAAGACGGAAACUUUUGGAACGAUGAGUUUUUUGACACAAAACUGGGGCCUUUGACUAGAAGUAACUCAUUGCUAUUAACGAGAACUGAAGGUUGCGUCUUGGAAUUUUCUAAUCCAGUUUAAAACUACGGUUACAGUUAAAACCUGGU